UGAUUAGAGUCCAGUACCGAGAUUGUAAUUGGCCCAGGUUGGUGGUGUAGUCAUUUUACUUUUCAGCCCUUUCCCAUCCCAUCUCGCAUCUGUGAGAGAGUUCGAGGUAGCUACCGGAGAGAAAUACAGAGAUCGCAAUCAACAAAACAUAACAGCACGACAAAGAAUAAUUGAAUCGUGAAUCGUUUGCAGAAGAAGAGGUAAAGGAAUCGAGAAGAGAAGGAGUCAUCGAAGCCAAAGAUGUUACCCACAGCUUCCAAAGGACGUUCUUCUUCUUCCUCUUCUUCCUCUCGACCUAAUAAUCCCAUGCUGCUUCCUUACCUCCGCAGAAUCAUCAAGGUUGGACUGUGCUGUUCUGAUUUGAAGAGUCCGAUAGGCGUCAGUGUUCAAUCUGUGCUGAUUCGUUUGUUAUUCUUGUAGUGGCAACAAAUGGAUAUUGAAUACACUUUUUGGCAAAUGCUUCAUCUAUGUACGUCACCGAAAGUUGUCUAUCAGCAUACUAAAUAUCACAAACAAACCAAGAAUCAAUGGGCACGUGAUGACCCUGCAUUUGUUGUGAUCUGCAGUCUUCUUUUGGCAGUUGCAACUUUGGCUUAUUGUGCCGCGUAUGACCAUAGUACUGCCCAUACACUUCUUGUUAUCUUCUCAGUGUUGUUUUUCCACUUUAUACUGACAGGUGUAUUUCUGGCAACUUUUUGUUGGUUCCUGACUAACUCUUAUCUUCGAGAAGAGGCUCCAAAUAGCUAUGUGGUUGAACAACGUGUUGAAUGGAUGUAUGCAUUUGAUGUACACUGCAACUCUUUCUUCCCAUUGUUUGUUUUGCUCUAUGUGAUCCAUUAUUUUGUAUCUCCUCUAUUGGUGGCUCACGGUUUCAUUCCAGUAUUGCUGUCAAAUCUUCUGUUCAUGGUGGGAGCUUCAUACUAUCAUUAUCUAAAUUUCCUAGGUUAUGAUGUUCUGCCUUUUUUGGAGAGGACCACCUUUUUUCUGUACCCCAUUGGCAUCGUAAUUGUCCUUUCUCCUAUUUUGAUUUUAAGUGGUUUCAAUCCAUCUAGAUACUUUAUGAACAUGUACUUCAGUCGACAAAUAUGAUCAUUCCAGCUAGAACUUUUGACCUAUCGUGUCCUUGAGGUUAUAGAGUAUUCGGAAAACUAUAACAUGAGAAGGCUUUGGUGAAUGUUUGAUUGUUUGUUUGAAGAAUGCAUUGGCCCAGCAAUGUCUCAUUUUAGGCCUUCUAAUACUACUACCAAUCAAAGUUGGACUGUAGCAAGUCAGGGUAGUCAGUGUAUUUUUUACAGUUAUUAGAUAGAAUAUUUGUUCAAAUGAAUAUAUACUCAUUGUAAUGAAUUUUCUUUGUCAAUCCCGUAGCUUUCCUCCCGACAAAGAACAAUUUCUAUUGAUAUAUUCUUUGAUGAGGUUAGAUACUUAAAUGAAAGGUCUCCCCAUUAGCUCGCCACAUAAGGAGUCAUUGUUAACUUUUAGUUUCAUUAGAAGCCACUCGAGCAAGUACCAGUAAGAGUUAGCGAGGAGCUGAUCAAAGCCGGGGAGGGGGCAUUUUGUAUGUAUGAUAUGUGCUCGUUAUGUAUUUUAUCUGACUCAAUAUUGCUUCACAGUGAGGUGUUUGGUGGUUCAA